AGCUCGUCGAUGGUGUUUUGGCGCCAACCUCCAUCAGCACGACUGACAAAUCAAUUAAAAAUAAAGAGAAUUUGGGAAUUAACAAUAAGUCUACAUUAUUUUACUCAUUUUGAAGUGUGUACAAGUACUAGUAUGUCACUGGGGAGGCGAUCUGACAGGUAACAACCGAAUUCCACACACUUUCAAGGGAAAGGAAACUGUGGUAUCCACAUGCGAAAACAGAAUGCCCUUUGUUGUUUUCAUUUUGGUUGAAUAUUUCCAUCAGUGAAACGAAAACAAAGUCGCCAACAUUCAAUCAGUGUACAAUUAUAGUGUGGGUGUGACAUUUUUUUAGGUCAUGAAAAAACGUUGAAUAUAUUAGUACCUGACAAUGUUUUACUUUAAGUGAAAGCGUAGCUUUAAUUUGCAUUUCCAACAACAGACAACUUCCAGCUAUCGCUCCUACGUGCUUCAACGUCUAAUCUAAGUCCAGUUAUUGAUAGUCUUUCGCGGUGUACAUCUUAUUUUGUUCUUCUUCCUCGAAUGUCUCUCCGUAGAGUGCGUAAAAAAGUAGAUUAUGCAAAGUUUUGUCAAGAAGAAGACAACAGCAGCAACAAUAGUGAUGGUAAACACAUUUUGGAUACAUUACUUUGACCAAUUGUUUUGGCUCUCGUAUCCCUAAUGAUUCGUUAACUAUUUCCCGCGACCGUGAUUAUCUUUGACUUGAACUCGUACCUCAGACCACAGCUUGGAGUCGCUUUUAUGAUAGAUGACAGUCAGUUUUAUUUGCAUUACAUGUGAUCAAAAGAUUUGUGAUGUCUGGUUCCUCAUGGCAGUUCAACAUUUCUAGUCUCAACAUUUUAAACGUCAUUAGAAGGAAGCUUUGUUAUGUGCAUUUUCUAAUUAGAAGGAUUUCCAGAAAUAAAUUUUUAUCCAUGCUGGGUCAAGCAAUUUAAUCUAAGUGAUUUUACUUUCAACUUUUUUAUAUAAUGCCACAACAAACAUGAGCCCAUUUUACAUAAAAUAGACCACUACAUUAAUUUGACAGGGAAUUGUUGGGAUUUGGGGUGACGAAAAAUAGCUUUUCAUGUUCAUGUUUUGUUUUCUGGUUUUCAAAGAUGAUUUCCAAGAUGAAGCAGGGCCGCCACCACCACCAAAGAAAACGAAAUCAAAAGCCAAGUCAAAUAUUAAAUCAAAACAAGAAGAGACAAAGAGUAAAGAAUCAGGAAGUUUAAAAAGGAAAGAAAGGUUUGUGCACAUGUGAUUGGAAAGCACAUUGAAAGUAGGGGGUUUUGAGGAAGCAAUUACAACUUUGAUUACCAGUAUUGUUUACUAGGAUCAUAUAUGUAAUUACUGGGGAAUCUUCAUUGAUAAAUUGGCUUCCAUGAUUCUUGUAUUUUAGGUAGGAACAUGACCUUUCAAUAGCAAAGUGUGUUGUGUUUUGUUUUUUGUUUUUUGACAUGGUUGUUGUUAAUUUUUAAGGGAUAAUAAUAAGGGAAAGUAAUAUUUGACACAAGAUUUUUUUUCCUUUUGUGUAUCUCUCUCCUUCUGAGUCAAGGUAGAUUCACAUGUGACAAACCUGAAUCAAAGCAGACUUCAUGGUUAACAUGAGUUUCUCAACUGUAACUUGCUUACUGAUGACUGGCUCGUUUUAAGGGAUGUCUGAUUGGCCUUUUGAUUGGAUUUCAAAAUAAUAACUGUUUAGCAGGGUUAUCAAUUGUAACUUGAUACAGAAUCAAGAUCAUAGAUAUCAAAGGGACUCAUGGCUAACUUGCUUCAUUGUCUGUUGACCUUAGUGGGUGUUUUACCUCUAUGUGUGGGUUUACAUUCAUAAGUCAUUACACUCUGAUCAAUUUGAAGCUUCUGCAUCCCUCCCUGAGGGGAUGCUGUUGUCUGUGUCCUCAUGGGUGGAGAAUUUGAACCUGUGUGUGGGGUGGACCUGGGGGUUACUGUGGGGUUGUUGAAGCUUUUAAUUGAUUUAAACUUGUUUCUGGUUACAAGCAUUCUGCUAUUUAAGAGCAAUUGUCAUUGAAAGUUUUUUUUGUCUGCAUUUUACUAAGAUUGUCAAGAGAUGAAAAGCUGUACCAGAAAGAAUUAGAGGCUGCACUGAAAGCUUCCAUAGAAGACUCUCAGCUAUCAUCUGGUAGUAGUACUACACAUGAUAACCAGGAAGAAUUUUCAGAUGAUGAAGUAGAAGUUGCAUCAUCCAAAUCAAAAAAGCCCAGGUUACUCCCUCCUUUGGAGAUAGAAGACAACAACAAAGAGAACAAUGUGUAAGAUAAUUUAUAUUUUAUUUGCUGAUAUAUCAUUAGAAGCUCCAUAUUAAAUAACAUUUCAAGUGCAUGAACAACCAAAAUAGAACUCUAUUGUUUGGCUUCAGCCAUUAUUAUAUACUCAGUGGCUGUUGCAUUUUUCCCUUCUUUGCAGUCAUAGUUUGAUUGACUCUGAUGUCAUUCCUUUCAGUGUUGUUGAUCUUGAAAAUUUUCAUUGCUGUCAUAAUGGCUUGGUGUUCAUAUUACAU